CUGACGUCACAUCAAUGGCUCUUUGCAUUAACUGUUUUCUGCAACCCCUUCUCGUGUGCAAAGCAAAACGUAUCGCACUGCCGCUGCCAACGAAUUCCGACUAGAGUGAGAGGGAAAGAGAGGGAAGAUCGGAGUGAAGGGAAAUCUCCCGUAUCAAUUUGAACGACGGAAAAACAGCACAAAAGCGGGCAGGGUGACAUUUUCUACAGCCAUUGGAAGAGAAACCUUCCCCUUGCAUCGAAAAUGGAGCUACCCGCCGCGGGAGAGCACGUCUUUGCGGUGGAGAGCAUCGAGAAGAAGCGGAAUCGAAAGGGGAGGAUGGAAUACCUAGUCAAGUGGCGAGGAUGGUCUCCAAAAUAUAACACGUGGGAACCAGAAGAAAACAUUCUCGACCCGCGACUGCUUGACGCUUUCCAGAACAGGGAGAGAUACGAGCAGCUUAUGGGAUAUCGCAAAAGAGGGCCAAAGCCAAAGCACCUGAUCGGCCAGGUCCCGUCCUUUGCCCGGAGAUCCAGCGUCCUCUCAGGCCUUCAGGAGACCACCCUGGACGAGGACAACCGGCAGAAAGUGGACCCCAUCCAGACACUGCGCUCGCAGACCCAGCAGUACCAGCUGAACAGCAAGAAGCACCACCAGUACCAGCCCCUGCUGGCCAAGGAGAGGGAGGCCGAGCAGCAGGCAAACGGAAAGAAGAAGCUCUACUACCAGCUCAACAGCAAGAAACAUCACCACUACCAGCCUGACCCCAAGAUGUAUGACAGCACCCAGUGCAUGAAGCCCAGAGAGGCCACCAAAGCUCCAGAACUGCCCACCAACCACAGCUGGAACCUGCCUCCUGCGCUGCAGCAGAAGUGGGUCCGGGACAAGGACUCUGGCUGCCUGAGCAAAGUCAAAGAUAUCACCAUGGAGCUAAAGAAGCUUCCGGCUCACCUCAAUGACCACAGUGGCGAAUCGGAGCAGAGCAAGGCCACGGCCAAAGAGGACGCACCGCUGUUGAAGGCCAACGAUGUCAGUGACAGCAAGCUGAAGAUUGUCAAGAACAAAAACAAGAAUGGACGCAUCGUCAUUGUCAUGAGCAAGUACAUGGAGAACGGCAUGCAGGCGGCAAGGAUUAAAAACGGAGAUGUGGAAACCCUUGACGAACCGCAGCCGGACAAUGAUGCUGCAGAAAAUCAACUUGAAAAGAUGAGGCUCGUCCAGAAACUGGGUCUCACCAACGGAUUCGCGAAAGACUGCAACAAAGACGUUAAGUUACACGUCCUCAACUCAGGAUCUAACGGAUCUAACGUAUUUAAGUGUCCUGCUGAGAAGGUCGACUCACCGAAAAUGGAGCUUAGUGCGACAGAGCAGCCCCUGAGGCUGACCACCAAACCUAACCUUGCCCCUUGGCCCUUUGAGAUGGGGGUUCAAAGAAGGACUCAGCCAGGAAACGGCUCUUCUCCAGCCCUCAAACGUCACCUUUCAGAGGCAGACAAGGGCGAGGACCGGGGUGGCUGUAAACGGUUUCUAAACUCCCGGAGUAUCAGUGCACCCUGCACUGUGUCCUCACCACCUCAGAGCAACUCCAUGGACCAAAAUGGCCACCAUAGCCACAAUGGCCACCAGGACUAUGACUUCCUGGAGUCUAACCAGGACGAGCCCAUGGACCUCAGCUGUGUGAGGUCCAGAGGGGAGGCUCCAGUUCCCACAGAGACACAGGUGGCCCCUUCUGCUGAGGAGGAGAAGACUGCAGAACAGACAAAACCGCCAUUGGCUAUCACAACAGAAUAUACUGUGGAGGAGGAGCCUUUUCCUUCAUUCAAGCCUUUCCUUGGGAAUAUAGUCAUCACGGAUAUUACAACAAACUGUCUCACGGUGACGUUUAAGGAAUACGUUACAGUGUAACGAAGCUGAAAAAGACGAUCUGAGGACGAGGGAUUAAUAGCAAAUGUGUGAAUAUGUACAAAUGUGUGUUGGAACAUAUUGGUAUUUUCAGAUGUUUGAAUGUAAAUAAGAGCCCUUACAGUUUGCAUUUAGUGGGGUUGAGAUUCAUUUUGUUUCGGGUUCCUAACCCUUCUAUAAUUUGUAUGUACGUAGCUUUGGCUAUCAUUCUCUAAAUGAGCCCCAGAGUUUUUGUCAUACUUGAUGAUGUAAGCUUCUAAUUGAGUUACAAACUACUUUAGUACAUGCUAUUUGACAAAUGGUAUCAGGGCUCAGUGAAAAAGCACUUACUCUUUAUAAAGGCUUUAUAUUCGUUUUGCUUUACAGUCUUUGUUUAAUUAAGGUCUAUAUAUUGAGAAAGAAAAAGUCUAUAUAUUGAUUAUUGGUAAAUGACCCUCUUUCAGUU